AUGCAACUCGUUAUUAACUUAACAAACUUCCUCUCGGUGUGUGUGUGUGUGUGUGUUUAUUUGUGUGUGUUUGUCAAAUCCAAUUUUAUUGGUCGCAUACACAUGUUUAGCAGAUGUUACUGCGGGUGUCGCGAAAUGCUUGAAACAAGGGCGUCCAUGUCCUGGUCGACGCCAUCUGAUCUGUGGUGUGUGUGUGUGUGUGCAUUGUGUGUGCAUGUGUGCGUGUAUGGUGUGUGUGUGUGUGUAUGGGUGUUUGUGUGGGUGGUAUGGUGUGUGUGCGGUGUGUGUGUGUGGGGGUGGAUGUGUUGUGCGUUGGUGUGUAUGUUGUGUGCGUGUGUGUGUGGUAUGUGUGGUGUGUGUGUGUUGUGCGGGUUCGUGUGUGUGCGGUGUGUGUAUGUGUGUGCGUGUGUGUGUGUAUGUGUGUGGUGUAUGGUGUGUGCGUUGUGUGGUGUAUGUGUGUGUGUAUGGUGGGUUUUGUGUGGUGUGUUUAUGGUGUGUGCGUGUGUGUGUGUAGUGUUGUGUGGAGGUGUGGUGUGGUGUGUGUGUGUAUGUGUGUGUUGUGUUGGGUGGGUGGUGUGUGUGUGUGUGUGUGUGUGGUGUGUGGGUGUGGGUGUGUGGUGGGGUGUGGUGGUGUGGUGUGUGGUGGUGUGGUAGUUGUGUGUGUGUGCGUGACAGCAGCAGGAUAGGCUGUGCCAUCAACAUGUGCUACAACAUGAACGUCUGGGGUCAGAUCUGGGCUAAAGCUGUUAGCCUGGUUGCACUACUCACCCAAGUAGACGACUAACUCUCAGAUCAGGGGGUUAUCCCUACUCUUCAGCCGGGUCAGGGGGUUAUACCCUACUCAUUCAGCCAUGGGUCGGGGGUUUACUCCCUACUCAUUCAGCCAGGGUCAGGGGGUUACUCCCUACUCAUUCAGCCAGGGUCAGGGGGUUACUCCCUACUCAUUCAGCAGGGUCAGGGGGUUACUCCCUACUCAUUCAGACAGGGGGUUACUCCCUACUCAUUCAGACAGGGUCAGGGGGUUACUCCCUACUCAUUCAGCAGGUCAGGGGGUUAUCCCUACUCAUUCAGCCAGGGUCAGGGGGUUACUCCCUACUCAUUCAGCCAGGGUCAGGGGGUUACUCCCUAUCAUUCAGCCAGGGUCAGGGGGUUACUCCCUAGUGCAUUAGACGGGUGGGGGGUUACUCCGUCGUAUUAGCAGGGUAGGGGGUGUUACUCCUCUCAUGUGCCAGGGGGUGUUGCUAUUUCAGACAGGGUGUUAGUCCUUCAUGUAGACGGGUCGGGGGUUUCCUUUGUGUUGCGGGUGGGGGUACCCUACUCAUUCAGACAGGGUAGGGGUGUCCUCACUCAUUCACCAGGGUCAGGGGUUAGUCGCGCUAAUACUUCAGACAGGGUCGCAUACUCCCCUCAAGUUAAGCCAGGGUCAGACCCUCAGCCAGGUGGGGUUACUCCCUACUCAUUCAGCCCAGGGUCAGGGGGUUACUCCCUACUCAUUCAGCCAGGGUCAGGGGGUUACUCCCUACUCAUUCAGCCAGGGUCAGGGGGUUACUCCCUACUCAUUCAGCCAGGGUCAGGGGGUUACUCCCUACUCAUUCAGACAGGGGGUUAGUCCCUACUCAUUCAGACAGGGUCAGGGGGUUAGUCCCUACUCAUUCAGACAGGGUCAGGGGGUUACUCCCUACUCAUUCAGACAGGGUCAGGGGGUUAGUCCCUACUCAUUCAGACAGGGUCAGGGGGUUACUCCCUACUCAUUCAGACAGGGUCAGGGGGUUACUCCCUACUCAUUCAGCCAGGGUCAGGGGGUUACUCCCUACUCAUUCAGCCAGGGUCAGGGGGUUACUCCCUACUCAUUCAGACAGGGUCAGGGGGUUAGUCCCUACUCAUUCAGCCAGGGUCAGGGGGUUAGUCCCUACUCAUUCAGACAGGGUCAGGGGGUUACUCCCUACUCAUUCAGACAGGGUCAGGGGGUUAGUCCCUACUCAUUCAGACAGGGUCAGGGGGUUACUCCCUACUCAUUCAGCCAGGGUCAGGGGGUUACUCCCUACUCAUUCAGCAGGGUCAGGGGUCUCCAGGGGGGUUACUCCCUACUCAUUCAGACAGGGUCAGGGGGUUACUCCCUAGUCAUUCAGACAGGGUCAGGGGGUUAGUCCCUAGUCAUUCAGACAGGGUCAGGGGGUUACUCCCUACUCAUUCAGACAGGGUCAGGGGGUUACUCCCUACUCAUUCUGUGGAGAGGAGAUGAUGAGAGGAGGAUAGAAGAGGGGAGAGGAGAGGAGUAAAGGAAGCCACAACAGACUAACCCUUGAUCUCUGACCUGUCACCUCAGGGGGAACUGGUGGGGUCAUGCCCCCUACAAACACGGCACCCCCUGCUCCGCCUGCCCCCCCAGCUACGGAGGAGGAUGCAAGGACAACCUCUGCUACAAAGGUUUGUGUGGUGUUAGGUGUGUUUGUGGAGUUAUGGUGUGGAUAGGCUUGGAACACACUGCAAGACCUAUGUCAUGUUUAAACAAAUACUUUUUUUUCUCCUAUUCCCUUUAUAGGGUAAAAGAAGUGCCCUACAUGGGGAAUAGGGUGUCAUUUGGGACAUGACCUCAGUAUCAGAGCUACAGAAACGUUUCAAAGUGUAAAGCUGAAACUGAAACGUAUUACCUCUAUCUCCGAAACGGAAAAAUAUUACUCCUAUCUCUGAAAUUGAAACGUCAUUACCCCGUCUCUAAAGCUGAAACGUAUUACCCCUAUAUCUGAAACUGAAACGUAUUACCCCUAUCUCUGAAAUUGAAAAGUAUUACCCCUAUCUAUGAAAAUGAAACAUUUUACCCCAUAUCUGAAAUUGAAACGUUUUACCUCGUCUCUGAAACUGAAAGAAUUACCGCUAUCUCUGAAACUGAAAGGUAUUACCUCUAUCUCUGAAACUGAAAGGUAUUACCCCAUAUCUUAAAACUGAAACAUUUUACCCCAUCUCUGAAACUGAAACGUAUUACUUCUAUCUCUGAAAUUGAAACGUUAUUACACCAUCUCUGAAAUUGAAACAUUUUAUCCCUAUCUCUGAAACUGAAACGUUUUACUCCUGUCUCUGAAACUGAAAUGUAUUACUUCUGUCUCUGAAACUGAAACGUAUUACCCAUAUCUCUGAAACUGAAAUGUAUUACUCCUCUCUCUCUCUCCAGACGAAGGUACAGAGUCACAGAGACCUCAGGAGGAAACAGAGGAAAACAAUUCCAUCGAACCUGAGGCCCCCCAGAGCCCCCAGAAGCCACGCGCCAGGUCCCCCCAGCCAAAGCUCCCCCCGCUGGCACAGACCCCCACCCCCCCCACCACCCCCACCACCAGAGGAGCGGGAGAGGAACAAGGUGGUCAAUACACAGCAGAUGUGUAAGAGGCCAUUUAACUGGUUAUUCUGGAUUCAGUUGCAUCUCUAAAUGGGGGUUACAGGUUCUGGUUUUUGGGGUUGGUGUGGAGUGGAGUGUGGGAGGAGGAGUGCAUUGGGGGGGAGGGUGGGAGGAGGAGUGCAGGGGGUAGGGAGGGUGGGAGGAGGGAGUGCAUGGGGGGAGGGUGGGAGGAGGAGUGCAGGGGGGGGGGGGAGGAGGAGUGCAGGGGAGGGAGGGUGGGAGGAGGAGUGCAGGGGAGGGAGGGUGGGAGGAGGAGUGCAGGGAGGGAGGGUGGGAGGAGGAGGGCAGGGGAGGGAGGGUGGGAGGAGGAGUGCAGGGGAGGGAGGGUGGGAGGAGGAGUGCAGGGGGAGGGGGGGGAGGAGUGCAGGGGUAGGGAGGGGGGAGGAGGUGCAGGGGUAGGGAGGGUUGGGAGGAGGAGUGCAGGGUAGGGAGGGUGGGAGGAGGAGUGCAAGGGGUAGGGAGGGUGGGAGGAGGAGUGCAGGGGUAGGGAGGGUGGGAGGAGGAGUGCAGGGGAGGGAGGGUGGGAGGAGGAGUGCAGGGGAGGGAGGGUGGGAGAGAGGGGAGGGAGGUGGAGGAGAGGGGGGGGGAGGUGGGGGGUGCAGGGGGAGGGUGGGAGGAGGAGUGCAGGGAGGGAGGGUGGGAGGAGGAGUGCAGGGUAGGGAGGGUGGGAGGAGGAGUGCAGGGGGAGGGUGGGUGGGGAGUGCAGGGUAGGAGGGUGGGAGGAGGAGUGCAGGGUAGGGAGGGUGGGAGGAGGAGUGCAGGGGUAGGGAGGGUGGGAGGAGGAGUGCAGGGGUAGGGAGGGUGGGAGGAGGAGUUUCAAACCGAGGCUAUGGAACUGUGUGACAGAGACACAGGGGGAGGCAAGCGAGGGCUCUAGUGCGUUUCAGAAGGCGAGGACUCCAUGCCCCUCUGCCAGGCCUCCAAUGUGCAUUCACCAACGAGCUACAACUUCUGAUAAGGACAAAAAAGGACUCUGUCAUCUCUGCUUUCUAUUUUAUGGAGUCUUGGUGAAAUGCCUCUAUUCCUGAUGCCGCUGUGGAUCUAGCCGGCUUCCAGCUGAACCGGGCCGAUGGUGUCCUGGCUUCCAGCCGUACUGGGCUGAUGGUGUCCCGGCUUCCAGCUGUACUGGGCUGAUGUUGACCCGGAUCCAACUGUACUGGGCUGAUGGGGUCCUGGCUUUCAGCUGUACUGGGCUGAUGUUGACCCGGAUCCAACGGUACUGGGCUGAAUGGGGUCCUGGCUUCCAGCUGUACUGGGCUGAUGGGGUCCCGGCUUCCAGCUGUACUGGGCUGAAGGGGUCCUGGCUUCCAGCUGUACUGGGCUGAUGGUGUCCUGGCUUCCAGCUGUACUGGGCUGAAGGGGUCCUGGCUUCCAGCUGUACUGGGCUGAUGGGGUCCCGGCUUCCAGCUGUACUGGGCUGAUGGGGUCCCGGCUUCCAGCUGUACUGGGCUGAUGGUGUCCUGGCUUCCAGCUGUACUGGGCUGAUGGGGUCCCGGCUUCCAGCUGUACUGGGCUGAUGGGGUCCCGGCUUCCAGCUGUACUGGGCUGAAGGGGUCCCGGAACAGUCCAAUAAAUCCAAAGGAGGUGGUGUUUCUACCAGUGGAGGCUCCUCAGAGGAGGAACGGGAGGACCAUCCUCCUCAGUGAAUUUCAUUUUUAGAUAAAACUAUACUAAAUAUAUUCAUGUCACCAAAUGUUUUGCAAUGAAGGUCUACAGUAGCCUAAACAGCAGUCUCUGGGGUAGCACCAUAGUGCAGCCGGAGGACAGCUAGUUUGCGUCCACUUCUGGUUACAUUGACUUCAAUAGAAAGACCUCAAAGACCUCUUCAUCACGGUUGACAACUCCACAGUGUCACCCUCCCAGAGUGCAAAGAACCUUGGCGUGACCCUGGACAACACCCUGUCGUUCUCUGCAAACAUCAAAGCAGUGACCUGCUCCUGCAGGUUCAUGCUCUACGACAUCCGUAGAGUACGCCUCUACCUCACAAAGGAAGCGGCGCAGAUCCUAAUCCAGGCACUUGUCCUCUCCCGUCUGGACUACUGCAACUCACUGUUGGCUGGGCUCCCCGCUUGUGACAUCAAACCCCUGAAGCUUAUCUAUAACGCAGCAGCCCAUCUGGUUUUCAACCUUCCCAAGUUCUCUCAUGUCACCCCGCUCCUACCCACACUCCACUGGCUUCCAGUUGAAGCUCGCAUCUGCUACAAGACCAUGGUUCUAACCUAUGGAACAGCAAGAGGAACUGCCACUCCCUACCUUCAGGCUAUGCUCAAACACUACACCCCAACCCGAGUACUCCGUUCUGUCACCUCAGGUCUCUUGCCCCUCCAACCCCUACGGGAGGGCAGCUCCCGCUCAGCCCAGUCCAAGCUCUUCUCUGUCCUGGCACCCCAAUGGUGGAAAAACAGCUUCCCCCUGAAGCUAGGACAGCAGAGUACCUGCCCAUCUUCCGAAAACACCUGAAACCCUACCUCUUCAAACAGUAUUUUAAAUAAUCCUCCUCCUCACCUAAAACCGACAUAAAAAAGCCAGACUACGGUUUACAACUGCACAUGGGGACAAAGAUCGUACUUUUUGGAGAAAUGUCCUCUGGUCUGACGAAACAAAAAUAGAACUGUUUGGCCAUAAUGACCAUCGUUAUGUUUGGAGGAAAAAGGGGGACGCUUGCAAGCCGAAGAACAAAUGUGAACGAAGUGCAAAUAGUCUGGGUAGCCAUGAUUAGCUGUUCAGGAGUCUUAUGGCUUGGGGGUAGAAGCUGUUGAGAAGCCUUUUGGACCUAGACUUGGCGCUCCGGUACCGCUUGCCGUGCGGUAUCAGAGAGAACAGUCUAUGAUUAGGGUGGCUUGAGUCUUUGACAAUUUUUAGGGCCUUCCUCUGACACCGCCUGGUAUAGAGGUCCUGGAUGGCAGGAAGCUUGACCCCAGUGAUGUACUGGGCCGUACACACUACCCUCUGUGGUGCCUUGCGGUCGAAGGCCGAGCAGUUGCCAUUCCAGGCGGUGAUGCAACCAGUCAGGAUGCUCUCGAUGGUGCAGCUGUAUAACUUUUUGAGGAUCUGAGGACCCAUGCCAAAUCUUAUCAGUCUCCUGAGGGGGAAUAGGUUUUGUCGUGCCUUCUUCACGACUGUCUUGCUGUGUUUGGACCAUGAUAGUUCAUUGGUGAUGUGGACACCAAGGAACUUGAAGCUCUCAACCUGUUCCACUACAGCCCCGUCGAUGAGAAUGGGGGCAUGCUCAGUCCUCUUUUUUGUCCUGUAGUCCACAAUCAUCUCCUUUGUCUUGAUAACGUUGAGGGAGAGGUUGUUAUCCUGGCAUCUCAUCGUUGUCGGUGAUCAGGCCUACCACUGUUGGGUCGUCUGCAAACUUCAUGAUGGUGUUGGAGUCGUGCCUGACCAUGCAGUCAUGAGUGAACAGGGAAUACAGGAGGGGACUGAGCACGCACCCCUGAGGGGCCCCCGUGUUGAGGAUCAGCGUGGCAGACGUAUUGUUACCUACCCUUACCACCUGGGGGUGGCCCGUCAGGAACUCUAGGAUCCAGUUGCAGAAGGAGGUGUUUAGUUCCAGGAUCCUUAGCUUAGUGAUGAGCUUUGAGGGCACUAUGGUGUUGAACACUGAGCUGUAGUCAAUGAAUAGCAUUCUCACAUAGGUGUUCCUCUUGUCCAUGUGGGAAAGGGCAGUGUGGAGUGCAAUAGAGAUUGCAUCAUCUGUGGAUCUGUUGGGGCAGUAUGCAACUUAGAGUGGGUCUAGGGUUUCUGGGAUAAUGGUGUUGAUGUGAGCCAUGACCAGCCUUUCAAAGCAUUUCAUGGCUACAGACGUGAGUGCUAUGGGUCGGUAGUCAUUUAGGCAGGUUAUCUUAGUGUCCUUGGGCACAGGGACUAUGGUGGUCUGCUUGAAACAUGUUGGUAUUACAGACUCAGUCAGGGACAUGUUGAAAAUGUCAGUGAAGACACUUGCCAGUUGGUCAGCACAUGCUCGGAGUACACGUCCUGGUAAUCCGUCUUGCCCUGCGGCCUUGUGAAUGUUGACCUGCUUAAAAGUCUUACUCACAUCGGCUACGGAGAGCGUGAUCACAUCGUCAUCCGGAACAGCUGAUGCUCUCAUGCAUGCUUCAGUGUUGCUUGCCUCGAAGCAAGCAUAGAAGUGAUUUAAUUCGUCUGGUAAGCUUGUGUCACUGGGCAGUUUGCGGCUGUGCUUCCCUUUGUAGUCUGUAAUAGUUUUCAAGCCCUGCCACAUCCGACGAGAGUCAGAGCUGUGCAGUACGAUUAUCAAACGUAUACCCACUGUAAAUCAACCGUAUACCUACUGUAUAUCAACCGUAUACCCACUGUACAUCAACCGUAUAACUACUGUAUAUCAAACGUAUACCUACUGUAUAUCAACCGUAUACCCACUAUAUAUCAACCGUAUACCCACUGUAUAUCAACCGUAUACCUACUGCAUAUCAACCGUAAACCUACUGCAUAUCAACCGUAUACCUACUGCAUAUCAACCGUAUACCUACUGUAUAUCAACCGUAUACCCACUGUAUAUCAACCAUAUACCUACUGCAUAUCAACCGUAUACCUACUGCAUAUCAACCGUAUACCUACUGUAUAUCAACCGUAUACCUACUGUAUAUCAACCGUAUACCCACUGUAUAUCAACCGUAAACCUACUGUACAUUUGUAUAUCUGCUCAUGUUCUUACAGCUCUGUGCUCACUCUCCCUAGUCGUAUAUAAUGUAUAUAAACGUUGUUUAAACUAUGUGGUCUGUAUUCUGUCUCUAAAUGUUGUGUAUUACUAGCAGGACCAUAUCACCAAAUAAAAUUGUACUUGACGAAUAAAGGUGAUUCUGAUUCUGAAAGGGCAGAUUUGGGACGCGCACAGGAAAUCCAUCCAAAACCCUAUCCAUUCAUGUCCUGCAGUAAACAUUCCCGGUUGCUAGCUAGAUGGAGCUCGCGGAGGAUAUUUCAAUGAGUGAAUUUCAAAGGAGUAGUGAGUAGUUUGCAUGCGCCAUGACGUUAGCGUUACAAGCUUACAACCACUGACUAGCUGUGGCAAAAAUGUGCCUAGCUAUCUGUGUCUGCAAUGUGUCUGCCUCUGUCAUGUUUCAGAGGGAAUUACUAUCAAGCCCCGCCUACCUAAACUUGUGAUUUGUUGGGAAAGUUGUCUGUCUGAAGAGCACCCUCCCCCGAAUUGGCCAAGAAAAUGGAAAGUGAUUCCCAUACCUAGUGCUGUUGCCCCAUACCUAGUGCUGUUGCCCCAUACCUAGUGCUGUUGCCCCAUACCUAGUGCUGUUGCCCCAUACCUAGUGCUGUUGCCCCAUACCUAGUGCUGUUGCCCCAUACCUAGUGCUGUUGCCCCCAUACCUAGUGCUGUUGCCCCAUACCUAGUGCUGUUGCCCCAUACCUAGUGCUGUUGCCCCAUACCUAGUGCUGUUGCCCCAUACCUAGUGCUGUUGCCCCAUACCUAGUGCUGUUGCCCUAGAGACUACCUAGACACUGAUCGUGGGUCAGUUGAGCAUUUCCCCCUAAUAGUUAUGGUUAUGAUUGGGGGAGGGGAAGCAGAUCCUAGAUCUGUACCCAGGGGAACUUCACCUCGUGGGCAUAGCAACCCCUCACUAGCCUACAUGUUGUCUCCUGUAGUACUGGUUCUUUAACACACAGACAGGCAGAUUAAAGCAUUGUGUGUGUUCUGUGUUUGCUACAGAUGUUAAUAGCUAGUUAGCUCGACAGUUCAGUGUGUGUUCUGUGUGCUACAGAUGCGAAUAGCUAGUUAGCUCGACAGUUCAGCGUGUGUUCUGUGUGCUACAGACGUGAAUAGCUAGUUAGCUCGACAGUUCAGUGUGUGUUCUGUGUGCUACAGACGUGAAUAGCUAGUUAGCUUGACAGUUCAGUGUGUGUUCUGUGUGCUACAGAUGCGAAUAGCUAGUUAGCUCGACAGCUCAGCAUGUGUUCUGUGUGCUACAGAUGCGAAUAGCUAGUUAGCUCGACAGUUCAGCGUGUCUUCUGUGUGCUACAGACGUGAAUAGCUAGUUAGCUUGACAGCUGUGUGUGUUCUGUGUUGCAGCUCAGCUUGUGACCUGUGACACUAAGCUACGAGAUCAGUGCAAAGGAACCACGUGCAACAGGUAAAGAAAAAAACACAACCACACACACACACAUCGUCUCAAAUCAGCUGUCCAUGUCUGUGUUACCACUGAGAAAUAAAGACCCAUUAAGUGAUUGAAGAGCUCCCCAUCCAACCCCUUCACAGAGAACACAAUUACCUCCCUGAUAGACUGGUCACCUUCACAGAGAACACAAUGCCUCCCUGAUAGACUGGUCCCCUUCACAGAGAACACAAUGCCUCCCUGAUAGACUGGUCCCCUUCACAGAGAACACAAUGGCCUCCCUGAUAGACUGGCUGAAUCCUUUGACUGCUUCCUUCUUCACCAUAGAAAUAGCAUUAAUAGAACAGACGCUUUCAAGUUCCUAUUCAAGUCAAACUUCUGCAGGGUUGGCAUCAAUUCGAAUGAAAGUCAGUCACUUCAGGAAGUACACUGAAAUUCUAAUUCAAUCAUUUAAAAAAAAGGGCUUUUAUUUUCAAUGACUUCUCAAUAAACCAAAAAUUUACUUAAAUAGAAAUUGACCCCAACCCUAAUGCAUUUGUGAUGGGUGGUGAUUACAUGAUCUAUGUUCUCCCCAGGUACGAGUGUCCUGCCGGCUGUCUAGACUCCACAGGGAAGGUGGUUGGGACAGUACACUAUGAGAUGGUGAUUACAUCAUCAUACAUUAUCAAGCUGUGUCCCAAAUUACACCCUACUGCCUAUGGGCCCUGGUCAAAAGUACUGUAGGGAACAUGGUGCCAUUUGGGACAUAGCCUAAGUCUUAUACUGAAUAGGUUAAUCAAAAUGCAGAUAGAAAAUACUUAGCUAAUGCAUUGUAAAUAAAGCUGCAUAAUGAAUUUGAAUAUACAAUGUACUAACUUUACACUGUAAACUUUACAGCAGUCCAGUAUCUGCCGUGCUGGCAUCCACUCUGGAGUGGUAGAUAAGGAUGGAGGGUGGCUGGACGUCACCAGACAAGGCAGGAAGGACUUCUUCAUCAAGUCCAACAAGAAUGGAAUUCAGUCUCUAGGGUAUGGAAGCGUAAUCUAUCUUGCAAAACACCAUCUCUUUGCCCAACAUAUCUCGUUGCCCUCUUGACAACCACUGACAAAAAAGCUAGCAAUUCGAUGGCGCGGGACGGGUGAAGCCAUUUCAAGCUGAGGACUGGUUACACAUCAGCUGAGGGGGAGGACGGCAAAUAAUAACGAAUGGAACGGAGCCAAUGGAAUGGCAUCAAACAAAUGGAAACCAUGUGUUUGGUGUAUUUGAUACCAUUACACAUAUUCCGCUCCAGCCAUUACCACAAGCUGGCACACACCCAGACACGUUUGUAGAGGUGCUGAAUAGCGGAGAGUAAACUGUAGAAAAAAUAAUGUACGAAAGUUGGACACUAUACAUGCUCCCGAGUGGUGCAGUGGUCUAAGGCAUUGCAUCGCAGUGCUAACUGUGCCGCUAGAGAUCCUGGUUCGAAUCCAGGCUCUGUCGUAGCCGGCCGCGACCGGGAGACCCAUGGGGCGGCGCACAAUUGGCCAAGUGUCGUCCAGGGUAAGGGAGGGAAUGGCCGGCAGGGAUGUAGAGCAUGGUGUUUGCAACACCAGGGUUGUGGGUUUGAUUCCCGGGGGGGGGGGGCAGCAUAAGAAAUAAUGUAUGCACUCACUAACUGUAAGUUGCUCUGGAUAAGAGCAUCUGCUAAAUGACUAAAAUGUACAAUGCAGUAGGGUUGAAAACUUUCAAUCAUUUCCCUGGUUAUCCUGGAACCAUAAAACUUCUUAGUUCAGUGGACAUGUUUGGGAUACUCAGGGCUGGUCUUAAGCUUUUGGCUGGAUGCUUUUUUAUUAUUUUGGAGUAUUUCUGCUCUGUUGAAAAAUAACGUUUUAUCUUAAGUGGGGCUUCCUGUCUGGAGAAAGAGUGAACAGAGGAAUAAAAAUGUGUAGGGAUGCAAAACUCUGGUGAUUUACCCAGAAUUCCAAAGUUUUACAGAAAACCUGGACGGAGGAUUACGGAUUUCAUGCUUAUUUCUUUCUGAUUCUGGGAAACUUCCAACCAGGAUCCUGGGAAUUUUGGAAAAGUUACCGGAAUUUUGGAAUCCUAAGAUUGUGUGUUGACUUUACAGGAAGUAUCAGAGCGCCAACGCUUUCAUAAUCUCCAAAGUAACAGGUCAGUUACAAUACAACAACCAUGGAAUUAACUGAAUUAGAUGUAUUAUGUUAUGUCCUGUUGAGAUCUCUUUGGGCCUAAUAUAGCCUUCUUCCUACCUUCCAGUGAAAGCUAUCACCUGUGAGACCACGGUGGCUCAGAUGUGUUCAUAUCAAAAACUUGUAAAGCACUGUCCAAGGUACGACCAUGACACUCUCACUGUCUCGCUCUCUCUCUUUCUCUGAUGCUCUCUCUCAGUCUGAUGCUCUCUCUCUCUCUCUGAUGCUCUCUCUCUCUCUCUCUCUCUCUCUCUCUGUCUCUCUCUCUCUCUCUCUCUCUCUCUCUCUGAAAAGCAAGGCUAUUCUCACUGAGUCUGUACAUAGUCAAAGAUUUUCUUAAUUUUAGGUCAGUCACAGUGGUCAGGUAUUCUGCCACUGUGUACUCUCUGUUUAGGGCCAGAUACCAUUCCAAUUUGCUUAGCUUUUUGGUUAAUUCUUUCCACUGUGUCAAAUAGUUAUAUUUUUGCUUUCUCAUAAUUUAGUCUAUUUGUGUUACUGGCCUGGGGCUCUGUUUGUGUUUGUGAACCAGCUGGCUGAGGGGUUGCUUCUCUAGGUUCAUCUCUCUGUAGGUGUGGGCUUUUUGAUAGAAUGUGUGAGCAUCGCUUCGUUUUAGGUGGUUGUAGAAUUUUCUGUAUUUUGAUAACUAGCAGGUAUAGUCCUAAUUCUGCUCUGCAUGCAUUGUUUGGGGUUUUGCGUUGUACGCAGAGUACAUUUUUACAGAAUUCUUGUGAAUUAUUGGUUGGUGAGUGGAAUUCAUACCUCACAACCAUAAAGAGCAGUGGGGUUCUAUAAAUUAUUGAAGUAUUUUUAGCCAGAUCCUAAUUGGGAUGUCGAGUUUUAAAGCACCAGAUCAUCAGCAAACAGUGUACAUUUGAUUUCCGAGUCCAGUGGGGUGAGGCUGGGUGCUGCAGACUGUUCUUGUGCCCUCGCCAGUUCAUUGAUAUAUAUUUUGAAGAGGGUGGGGCUUAAGCGACAUCCCUGUCUCACCCCACUGCCCUGAUGAAAAUAAAUCUGUGUGUUUAUUGCCAAUUGUAACUGCACACUUGUUGUGUGUGUACAUUGAUUUUGUGAAGUCAUACCCAUUCCUUUAAUUUGUAUAGCAGACCCUCAUGCCAAAUUGAGUCAAAACUCAUUUGAAAUCAACAAAGCAUGAGAAGACUUUGCUUUGGUUUUUGUUUUGUUUGUUUGUCAAUAAGGGUGUGCAGGGUGAAUACAUGGUCUGUCGUACAGUAUUUUGGUAUGAAGCCAAUUUGACAUUUGCUCAGCACAUUUUUUUCACUGAGGAGUCUGCUGAUUUUUCAAAGAUUGCUGUUGACACUGAUUGGGAUCAAAUUUGUGGAUUAGGGCGUGACCAGACCUUGGUUCCAAUUGUUGGGGAAGAUCCCAGAGCUGAGGAUGAUAAUGUUAAAGAGUUUAAAAAUAGCCAAUUCAAAUUUGUGUUCUGUAUAUUUUAUCAUUUUGUUUAGUAUACCAUCAACACCACAGGACUUUUUGGGUUGGAGGGGUUUGUAUUUUGUCAUGUAGCUCAUCCAAUGAAAUUGGAGAAUCUGGUUGUCUUUAAUAACUAACUCUAAGUUUUGUAAAUUAUCAUGUUUUUAAUCUUGGUUCUUUGUUAUAUGGCCGAAAAGGUUGGAGAAGUGGUUUAUCCAUUAAUCUCCAUUUUGGAUAGAUAGCUCUUUGUGUUGUUGUUUGUUUAGUGUGUUCCAAUUUUCCCAGAAGUGAUUAGAUUCAAUCACAUUGAGAUACUGUUCCUUUUCUCUUAGUGUAUCUCUGUACUGUUUCAAUGUUUCCCCAUAGUGAAGGCGUAGGUUCUGGUUUUCUGAGUCUCUGUGUUUUUGUUUGGAAAGGUUUCUCAAUUUCUUUCUAAGGUGUUUGCAUUCAUGUUGUUAGUUUUCUUAGGUUUACUGCUUGAAUUAAUAUUUGAUACGUUAGCCGAUAUUGCUAGUCCAUAUAUGUAUAUAUUCUUAAAUUCCAUUCCUGACUUAGAUUUGUGUGUAUUGGGUGUAUGUUGUGAAAUUGUUAGAUAUUACUUGUUAGAUGUUACUGCACUGUUGGAGCUAGAAGCACAAGCAUUUCGCUACACCCGCAAUAACAUCUGCUAAACACGUGUAUGUGACAGAUAAUAUAUGAUUUAAUUUGAUUUGAUAGGGCAAAUAUACUGUUCGUGCUUCCUACUUCUAAGUUUACACCUUCACUAUUGCAGUGAAACUUUUUGUCCAGGAAGUUGUCUAGGAGGGAUUGGAUUUGUUGUUGGCCAAUAGUUUUUUGGUACGUUUCUACAGUACCCUCCUUCCAUAUAGAGCAUUUCUUAACAGCAUGCAGUUUGUUCGGCUUCGAUGCUUAAUGGUUGAGUAUUGCUCAUGUUCACGAACAUUUUGAUUUUGCUGUUGUCUGAUAGGGGUGUCAGUAGGCUGACUGUGAACGCCCUGAGAGACUCUGGGUUGAUGUCGGUGAUAAAGUAGUCUACAGUGCUACUGUCAAGGGAUGAGCUAUAGGUGUACCUACCGUAGGAGUCCCCUCGAAGCCUACCAUUGACUAUGUACAGACCCAGUGUAAGACAGAGCUGCAGGAGUUGUGACCUGUUUUUGUUGGUUGUUUUGUCGUAGUUGUGCCUAGGGGGUCAUAUUUGGGAAGGGAAUGCUGUCACCUCCAGGUAGGUGUUUGUCCCCCUGUGUGCUGAGAGUGUCAGGUUCUUGUCUAGUUCUGGCGUUUAGGUCCCCACAGACUAGUACAUGUCCCUGGGCCUGGAAAUGGUUGAUCUCCCCCUCUAGGAUGGAGAAUAAAUCUUCAUUAAAGUAUGUGGAUUGUAUAGGGGGGAUAAACAGUAGGUAGCACACAGGAAGACAUUAUUUUCUGUUGAGAUAAUUUCCUCAUUUAUUUCUAUGGUCUGAUCUGAGGGGACCUAUACAGGUUGUGGGCAUGGUCGCUCCGAGGCUCUCUCUCUUUCAUCUACCCCCCUCCAUCUCUCAACACUACUCCUUUAUACAGCAAAUACGAUUGUUUACACAUUAAACUACAAUGAUCCUGUCUGUUUUCAGGUUAUAUUGCCCCCGGAACUGCAUGGAAGAGAACCCUAACAUAUCACGGGUAAUCGGAACCAGAAUCUAUUCAGAUGUAAGUGACUCAGCUCAAAGGCAAAUCUGGUGUGUUCUUAGAAUCUCUGAUGUUUCAUGA